GGCUUACGUAAUCCCACAUGUGUUGAGACAUCUCAUUGACAGACAGACAGACAGACAGUAAGUGACACUCAGAUCGCGAUAAAAGUCCACAAAAACACUCAACACUUGGAUCUCAACUCAAUUCCUCGACUGUCUGUCUGACAACUAUCACCACAACUAUGGCUACAUUUAAUAGUAUCAAAGGUUUGGUGGCUUUCGUGACCGGCGGCUCAUCAGGUUUAGGCAAAGCGACGGUCGAUAGACUGAUCCGAUUGGGAGCCAAAGGUGUGGUGGCCUUCGACCGGAACAUUGAGACCAAAUUCGAGGCCAAGAAUGUGGUGUCAGUCGAGGGAAGCGUUACCUCCGAAGACGAUGUGUUGAAGGCGUUGGACGCGUGCGAGAAGGAGUUCGGGCGCUUGGAUGCGGUGGUGAACUGCGCCGGCAUCGGAAUCGCGCGCAAGACAUACGACUUCCGGAAGAAAGUGGCGCAUCCUUUGGACGAGUUUAAGAUGGUGUUAGAGGUGAACACUUUGGGCACUUUCAAUGUGAACCGACUGGCCGUCGCACUCAUCUCCAAGAACCCGAAGGUCAACGACUUGAAGGGAGUCCUCAUAAACACGGCUUCUGUGGCCGCCUUUGAGGGACAGAUAGGACAGGUAGCGUACGCGGCCUCUAAGGGCGGUAUCGUCGGUAUGACUCUUCCGAUCGCUCGCGACUUAGCUGUGGAGGGCAUCCGUUGUGUGACUAUAGCCCCGGGACUCUUCAACACUCCACUGUUGGCCUCAUUGCCAGAGAAAGUGCGCCAAAACUUGGCCGCAACUGUUCCCUGUCCUCAACGGUUGGGCGAACCCGAAGAAUACGCGCAUUUGGUUCAGACUAUUAUCGAGAACCAAAUGCUUAACGGGGAGACCAUCCGAUUGGACGGCGCUAUUCGUAUGCAGCCAUGAGUGUAGACUACAUCUCAUAUGCUUUAAUAAUUUUUGUA